CGGUCCGCCGGCGGGUCGUCGCGCGUCCUGAGCCCGCGGACCCCGUGAACAGGCGAAGGUGAACUCGGCAACCGGCCAGAACUGAGGUCCGGCCCCCACGGGUCGUCUGCGUCCCCGAUGAGCUACUUGAAGACCAGGCCUCCUCCCCCGAGCGGGAUCAUCAUAGAGGACAGAUCGCAAUUGGGAUUACGAUUAGGGAUGUGGUACUGGAAAGAUGACACCAAAACCCUCGAAUUCAGAAGCUUUGUACCUGCGAUAGAAUACAGGGAAAAAGGAAAGAAAGGCAAAGCAAUUCACUUUGCUGAAAUGGAUGGCUCAGCUGCAGAAAGGUUAACAGAUAAAAGGCAUCCUUCAAGAGAGGACAAGUCAUCAAAAGCCCUGGAGAAACGAAGCCAUCAGGGGCCCGUCACACUGGACGAUGUUAAAUUUGUUGCUUUACUUUCAUUAGAAGCUACUGAGAUGCAGCGGAUCUGUUCUUUUACCACAUUUCUGAGAAAUAAGAAUCUUGACAGUUUCCUCAUGGCAUUAUUAUACUAUUUAUCUCAUUACUUGGAAAAAAACUCACUGGAAAAGAAACCCAAAAGCUAUAUGGUGGGCCUAGUAGAGAAAAAAGAGUUGGAGCUGGUUUUGAGUAAGUUGGAAGCAGCCCAGAAAUACUUGGCAAAGAAAUACUGUUCCCUGGUGCUGGGCCUGAGCGUGCCCGACAGGCAUCACAUGGCCUGUGGAAAGGAAAAAAUAUCAGACACACAAAAAGACUGGAAAUUCUUUGAGUCCUUUUAUACUUUCUGUACACAUAUAGCCUGGAUUGUCUUCAGACGUCAGAAUUUGAUAGAAAUUGAGGAUGAAGUAGGAAGGCUUUUCCGUACCAACAUGUUCAACAUUGCUCGAAGGAAGCGUGAAGAUGCACAAUUGGGAGGAGAAAAGAAACGUAUGACUUUGGUACAAUUCAGGAGAAUGAUGGCAAAACGCCCAGCAAUUAAAAAAGCCAUGGACAUGCGCUCUCCAGUCAUGUCUACCCUGCUACCAUCUCUCAGAGAGAAAGCUCAGCAUAUCAUUGAGAGAAAAUACCACUCAGGCACCAAACCCCCCGCCUACGCAUCCAAGCAUGUGAUAAGUCCAGAAGCUGUGCCCAUGCCAGUAGUUGGCAUCCUGGGGGAGCCUCGAUACAUGUUCAACCUGCACACUCUUACCCCCCUUGAUCCAGAAGAGAACAUGAAGCCAUCGGGAAGAAAUGCUUCCCUGAUAGAGAGAAAUAACAUGCAGGUGCAGGACUUCCUGGACAUGGCCCUGCACACCCUGACCUUCCAAAGCCUCAAGUGACGCAGGGCGCUCCCCUCCCUCGCCUCCCUACUGCUGCUGAACUCAACUACUUUUGACCAAAUUCAUGUAGAACUACUACUACUUCUUAUUAUGAUUAAAAUAAAUCUUUAAGCUUG